AUGGCGACUAACUCACGCCCCGCAUGGCGCUGGGCAUCGCUGCGACUAGUGAGUUUACUAGUGCUGCUAGUGGCUCUGGUGGUCGCCCAGGUGACUGAAAACCCGCCUUCAGAGCAUAAGGGAGCCCCAGAGCACGAAGCUAAAGAAGGAGAAGGCGAGGGGGAGCCGGACAGUGGUCGAGUGGGCGUCGUGGCGGCAGUGACCAUCUCGACGCUUGUAGCCAUCUCUAUCUUGUUCGAAGUCUGUACAGAGGAGCUGCGGGAACACACAGACGAGCUCAACAUGCCGUUCGUCAACACGGUCUUCGGAGAGCUCACGACGCUAGGUUUUAUCGGUUUACUGCUCUUUGUUGUCACCAAGAUCGAGGUGCUACCGUGGCUCUCCAGGGCUAUACUAGGAGGCAGUGCGGAGCUGCAGGAGAUCAUCGAGAAGCUGCACAUGGCGUUGUUUCUCUUUAUCGUCAUCUUCUUGGUGCUCUGUCUCGGAUUGCUACGUCUCGGGAUGCACGUGCAGCACGAGUGGCGCGAGUUUGAGCGCAGUUGCGCUGACAUUCCCUCUGUCCUCUCAGAGUACGCUCUCGCUACGGAGCCUCCUAAGACGUGGAUCCAUCGUUUGUCGUGGCGUCGAGCGACCACAGCAAGGAAAGCCCAGCGAGAAGUGGUCUACCUUGCUCUACGACGACGAUUCAUGGACUACCGCUCCAAUCAUCCGGAUGAAGAAACAGCACGACUCUUAGCAAAGGAAUUCCAGCUUCAAGGAGACGAUUCUCGGUUCCCAUUCAAUGAAUAUCUCUCUAUCAUCUCUGGCGAAGUCAUGGGCCGACUGAUUCAGAUCGACAUGGCUACAUGGCUCGCCCUCGACGUCGUCUUGGUGGUUCUUCUUGGUCUCUGCUGGCACGCAGGACCUCGCGGAGAAGUCGCGAUCCUCCUGAUCGCUGGCUUUUCCCUCAUUGCCCUGAACGAUUUCGUGUACCGACGAGUGAAUGCGAUGCGGUGUUUACUGACACCAACGCGACUACAGCACGACGCAGAGAGACUGCGUCGUAAGGCUGCGUGGCGUUGCCAGCACGGGUUAUCGCCGCUCGCAGAGCCAGGAACCUGUCCUCAUCCCAAUGAGAAAACAUGGCUACUAGUCGAUGCAGAGGAAGCCGGACGCGACUAUGGCGACCCGGACGGAUGGGUCCCUCCCUACGUGGAUCUGCUCCCCAACGGCGGACGGGAUCUCCCCGAGAAGGAACUUAAACGACGUCAACGAAGCCUCAUCGGUGCUGGAUGGGGCAAUGGAGUCGUCCUGGCACUCUUCUCUACCAGGAUGGUGUUCCUGCUCACAGCGCUGCAUCUCUCAACGUUCUUACUGCGUGAGACGUACCAGAUCUCGGAGCUUUUCGGUGACCACCCCAUCUUCGUAGCUCUACUCUGUUUCCUCUUCUUAGUUCCUAGUAUCGCAGUGCCCUUCAUGUCCGCACGCAUCGCACGCGACGGCCUCUUAGCAUUCAACGUGGAGCACAUGAAAGUGUCCCAAGUCAUCGUCCAAGUGACGCGGCUACUGCGUGCUCGACAGACGUUGAGAACGCUCCGCUUUGUAGCUGAAAUGAAGAUUCAUCUUCGAGAAAAUGUCCGGCGCAAUCACGAACAAUUGAGGGAAAAUAUCACCUUGAUGCCGGAGGUUCCCAUGCCCGUCAGUCGUCGACGUUCCAGUAUCAUGCCUAUCGACGCUAGCGCAACAUUCAAAGCUGCUCGUCGUCGCUCCUCGACGCAUCUCGACCCGACCGUCACUGCCGGAGUGCUGCGCUCUAUCCAGCAAGUCCCUGUCCCGCUCCAAGUGUCUCCAAAGGCGACAAUCGAGCCGCCGUUGUCUCCGUUGGCAGCAUACCUUACACCGAGAGAGAAACGAGGAGACGCGUACCGUCGAGAGAUGGAGAGACGGGAAAUUCACACGAUUUUCUGUCUCUUUGACGUGGACGGCUCCGGGUCGGUAUCGAGAGACGAGAUGGCCAGUCUCUUACUAGCUAUUACCCACGAUCUGGACGAUAUGCAGCUUAACCGGUUAAUGACGGAUCUGGUAGCGGAGGAACUGGAGGGCGACAGUGAUGCAGUUAAAGAAGAGGUAAUGGUUGAAGGGCCUCAGGAAAUCACGUUCGAGGCCUUCUACAAGUGGUGCAGCGCGAGGAUCCAAGAGAGUCGCCACUCGAAAGAAGAACUCGUGGAAGAGAUUUUCCGGAUGGUGGACGCCGAUGGCAGCGGAACUAUCUCAGUGGACGAGUUCGUGUCCAUUUUUAAGACGUUGGGCCAAGCGCUAGACCAUGACGACGUGCGCGAACUGGUUUACCAGAUGGACCGCAAUGGCGACGGCAAGAUCGACCUCGAAGAGUUCAGUAAGAUGCUACAGAAGCACGAGGUGUAGCUAUACGAAAUUAAUACAGUUACCAGUAUUAGGUUCGUAUC